GGCUGGCUGACCGGUCCCUCUUCUGUGCCUUGUCCGAGGUCCUUGUCCACCCCUCAUCCCGGGCAGCUUCUCUUACUGGGUUGGGUCACCUUAAGCGGGAAACUGAAGCCAUUACUCUCCAAGCCCUGUUUCAUCUUCCCAAGCAUGUCGGAAAGUUGGCAGCAGCCACCACAGACACAACCGCAGCAGCCGCAACCCCCGCAACCUCAACACCAUGCGGAGCCGCCGCCGGCGCUGGCCGAGCAUGCUCUGCCCCCGGGCACGGCCGAGAACCCCCUGGGCUGCGCCGUCUACGGCAUCCUCCUGCAGCCAGACCCUGGCCUGCAGCCCCCCCAGCAUGCUCCCCUGCAGGCAGCAGGCGAGCCAGGCCCCAAGUGUGGCGUGUGCGGUCACGACCUGGCGCACCUGUCAAGCCCACACGAGCACCAGUGCCUGGCGGGCCACGACCGCUCCUUCCAGUGCACACAGUGUCUCAAGAUAUUCCACCAGGCUACCGACCUGCUGGAGCACCAGUGCAUCCAGGCUGAGCAGAAGCCUUUCGUUUGCGGUGUCUGCAAGAUGGGCUUCUCGCUGCUCACCUCACUGGCACAGCACCACAGCGCACACACGGGCGCCGGCGGCAUCGUGAAGUGUUCCAUCUGUGAGAAGACCUACAAGCCCGCCGAGGCUGCCGAGCCUGCAGCCACGGCCGCCCCGUCGCUGCCUUCCGCCGCCCCGACGCCGGCCGUCGCCCCCGCGGACGCGGCGGAAAAGCCCUACAGCUGCCCCAUCUGCCAGAAGCCCUUCAAGCACCUGUCGGAGCUGUCGCGGCACGAGCGCAUCCACACGGGCGAGAAGCCGUACAAAUGCACGCUGUGCGACAAGAGCUUCAGCCAGUCGUCGCACCUGGUGCACCACAAGCGCACGCACAGCUCGGAGCGGCCCUACAAGUGCGCGGUGUGCGAGAAGGCCUUCAAGCACCGCUCGCACCUCGUGCGCCACAUGUACGCGCACUCGGGCGAGCACCACCUCUUCCGCUGCAACGUGUGCGAGCUGCACUUCAAGGAGUCCUCGGAGCUGCUGCAGCACCCCUGCACGCCCAGCGGCGAGCGGCCCUUCCGCUGCGGGGAGUGCCAGAAGGCCUUCAAGCGGCCGUCGGACCUGCGGCAGCACGAGCGCACGCACAGCGCCGAGCGCCCCUUCAAGUGCGACCUGUGCCCGAUGGGCUUCAAGCAGCAGUACGCGCUCAUGCGGCACCGGCGCACGCACAAGGCGGAGGAGCCCUUCAAGUGCGGCCUGUGCGAGAAGGGCUUCGGGCAGCCCAGCCACCUGCUGUACCACCAGCACGUGCACACCCUGGAGACCCUCUUCAAGUGCCCCGUGUGCCAGAAGGGCUUCGACCAGUCGGCCGAGCUGCUGCGGCACAAGUGCGUCCCCAGCGCGGCGGAGCGGCCCUUCAAGUGCCCGGUGUGCAGCAAGGCCUACAAGCGGGCGGCGGCCCUGCAGAAGCACCAGCUGGCCCACUGCUCGGCGGCCGAGAAGCCCCUGCGCUGCACGCUGUGUGAGCGCCGCUUCUUCUCCUCCUCCGAGUUCGUGCAGCACCGCUGCGACCCCGCCCGAGAGAAGCCGCUCAAGUGCCCGGACUGCGAGAAGCGCUUCAAGUACGCCUCGGACCUGCAGCGGCACCGGCGCGUGCACACGGGCGAGAAGCCCUACAAGUGCCCCCACUGCGACAAGGCCUUCAAGCAGCGGGAGCACCUCAACAAGCACCAGGGGGUCCACGCCCGCGAGCAGCAGUUCAAGUGCGUGUGGUGCGGGGAGCGCUUCCUGGACGUGGCCCUGCUGCAGGAGCACAGUGCCCAGCACAGCGCAGCCGCGGCCGCCGCCGAGGGCGCCUACCAGGUGGCCGCCUGCCUGCCCUGAGCCCGCGGGCGCCUCCUGCCGGCCUGGCCUGGCCGGUGCACCGAGGUCCUGGGGCUGGGGACAAACGGACCACGGGCAGGUGGGGCGGGGGUGCCUGGCAUCUCGGUUCCAGCUCGGAGGUGGGGGAGCCAGAUGGCUCCGACGACGGUCCUGAGUCCACAAGCCGCUCUCCAGCCGGGGUUUGCUAGCUGAGCCGCCAGCUCCCCUUGUCUCUGGGAGUCUGGCACCGGGCUGGAAGUCAGGGGGCUUCCUCAGCCCACGGAGGGGGUGGUACCAGGCUCACUUUCCCAGACCGUCCCGCUAAUGGGAAACCAGACAGCCUGGGAAACAUGGCGGUCAUGGCGGCGGGGGAGAAGGGCUGGACCCCAGGGGUGGAGGAUGCCCCUCUUCAAGUUACCGUGAGAGCGAAAGGCCGACCUGUGUUGUCGUCCUGGGGGCCAGGAAGCCAAGCCAAAGGGCAGCUCUGCCUGUGGUAGCCGGUGGCCAGGUGUCUUCUAGAUUUCUGCCGGGCCAGACCCAGCGGAGGCCGCGUCUGUGGGCCGGGUCUCCCUGACAGUGGGUCUCCCUGACAGCAGCUCGGCAGAGGGAGGAGGCCCCCUCUUGGGGUGGGUCGGCCGCAGUGCGCCCCUGGGAGCUAGGGAGGGCAGCCUUUGCGCUGAAGCUUAGGCCGCUGUCUUGGAAGCACACCCGCCACCUUCGCAGUGGUUCUGAGCUAUGGGGGGGAAGUGCUCAGCCAGGUGGACCUGCCGGCGUGAAGUAAGGGGAGUGUUCGACCACCUGGUGCCUGGAGGAAUCGGGCCAGCCCAUGGUCUCGCCAGUGGAUGGCACCAGUGUCCUCCCCACUGAAUUGUGGGAAGCACGCUGGCGGCACCCUGCGUCAGGGCCAAGACCAGGCCUAGGGCCCACAGUGGAGGAAGUGAGUAGAUUGGCCAUGGCCUCGGACCCCGCAGGCCCCAGCCCGUGGAAGCCCUCCCCCGUCAGCUGCUCCGGCCUGGACCCAGGGUCUGUGCUGCCAUGACGCCCUGGACAACAUCUGAGUCCUUCCAAGGCCAGAGCAUCUCCCUGGGGUCCUCCCGGUCUGUGACAGCCCACGAGCCUUAAGGAGCCAAGGGUGUCUGGGCAGAGGGAGUGGGCCUGUAAGGGGAGAAGGUGGUCAGACACCAGUAGGUGGGUGGAGUCCACCGGAGUCCCUGGAGGCCGGGCCCUGCUUGGAAGCCCACAGGACCUUCAUUAUCAAAUUAGAGGUUUUGAACUUGGCUCUCUCCCUGAGCUCUUCAGCCCCGCUUCUCGGUUGUGGGUCUUGAAAGAAGACUGAUCAGUGCAUGAACCGAGGACCCAGAGGAGCAGGGAGACCCUCGUCUCGCUCUCCCCUUCAGAAGUCCGAGCGCUCCACCCCUCCCCUCUCUGGGUUCUCUGGGUUCCCUUCCUGUGGGCGCAGAGGGGCUGGGCGGCCCCCUGCUGGCUCUCCCUGGCGAUGCCUCUGGGACCUGGAGCCCAGGCUUACCACGGCCCAACUGCUCUUUUUUUCCUUUCAUUUUGCUUUUUAAAAGCAGUUAUUAUCCAUAACAUUGUAUAGUUUAUUUCAUGCCACUUUGGAUCUUAUAUAAAAAUGUGAGAAUUUGGAUUUUUAAAAAAGACUCCAUUUUAGAUAGCCCCUUUUGAUGUUAAUAUAUAGAGUCCAGCGUAUGCUUUAGAAGUAAAGACACUGACCA